AUGCACUUCCCCGCGUCCCCCUGGCUGCGCACCCUCGCGGGGCUCUCCGCCGCCCUCGCACUCGCCUGCCUCUACGCCGCCGUCUCCGCCCCCUCCGCCUCCCUCCUCUCCGCCUUCGUUUCCGCGGGCGGGUAUGGCGGGGGGAGUGGGGGUGAGGAUGCGGGGAACGAAGGGGAGGCGGAGCUAAGCGCGCGACUGUUUGAUGACGCGGAGUGGGGGGAGGGGGAAACGGGGCAGGAGGGAUUAGGGGGGCCGGACCUUUUUGCGCUGGCAGCAGAGGCGGGGCGCGGAAGGGAGGCAGGGCUGGGCAAGGGCGAGGAGGAUGCUACGCUGUACCCUGCACUGGAUGGCAGGUGGGCACCGGAUGGCAGGUGGGCACCGGAUGGCAGGUGGGCACCGGAUGGCAGGUGGGCACCGGAUGGCAGGUGGGCCGUGGGCGGGACUCCGUCUCGACACGUGCACAUCCCACUGAGUCACCCAAGAGUAAACCGUUGGUGGAGUGCAUGCGUUGGUGGAGUGCAUGCGUUGGUGGAGUGCAUGCGUUGGUGGAGUGCAUGCGUUGGUGGAGUGCAUGCGUUGGUGGAGUGCAUGCGUUGGUGGAGUGCAUGCGUUGGUGGAGUGCAUGCGUUGGUGGAGUCUUAG